GUGGUGGGCGGCUGCCACAGCUGGUUUAGGGCCCCGACCAUUGGGGCCCCUUGUCAGGAGGAGGCAGCCUCCGGGCUGGGGAGAAGCCGCUGCCACCUCGGGCGGCCGACGCGGUCCCCUGGGACAGUGCACUUCCUGGCCUCGGUUCCCGGCCGAGUUCUGUCUCCGGGGUUCAGGCCCGGCUCCCCUUCCUGGUCUCUCUUCUCUCGCUGGGCCGGUUUAUCAGGAGAAGAUUGUUUUCCAGGGCUAGAAAUUGGACUUCUGAUGAUGUUUGACCCAGCGGCAGCAAUAGCAGGCAACGUGAUUUCAAAGCUGGGCUCAGCUUUUGUUUCUUCCCUCUUGUAAUCACAAAACCCAUUUUGGACCAGGAAUUCCAAUCAUGUCUGUGAUGGUGGUGAGAAAGAAGGUGACACGGAAAUGGGAGAAACUCCCAGGCAGGAACACCUUCUGUUGUGAUGGCCGCGUGAUGAUGGCCCGGCAAAAGGGCAUCUUCUAUUUGACCCUCUUCCUCAUCCUGGGGACGUGUACACUCUUCUUCGCCUUCGAUCUGCCUCCAAGAGAAGAUGUCUAUGUUGAAGGAGAAAAUAUGCCUCAGGAGGAGGAGAGUAAAAAUAGAUGCCGCUACCUGGCUGUCCAGCUGUCACCUGCCAUCCCUGUGUUUGCUGCCAUGCUCUUCCUUUUCUCCAUGGCUACACUGUUGAGGACCAGCUUCAGUGAUCCUGGAGUGAUCCCUCGGGCCCUACCAGAUGAAGCAGCUUUCAUAGAAAUGGAGAUAGAAGCUACCAAUGGUGCAGUACCCCAAGGCCAGCGACCACCCCCUCGUAUCAAGAAUUUCCAGAUAAACAACCAGAUUGUGAAGCUGAAAUACUGUUAUACAUGCAAGAUCUUCCGGCCUCCCCGGGCCUCUCAUUGCAGCAUCUGUGACAACUGUGUGGAGCGCUUCGACCAUCACUGCCCCUGGGUGGGGAAUUGUGUUGGAAAGAGGAACUACCGCUACUUCUACCUCUUCAUCCUUUCUCUGUCCCUCCUCACGAUCUAUGUCUUUGCCUUCAACAUCGUCUACGUGGCCCUCAAAUCCUUGAAAAUUGGCUUCCUGGAGACAUUGAAAGAAACUCCUGGAACUGUUCUAGAAGUACUCAUUUGCUUCUUCACACUCUGGUCCGUCGUGGGACUGACUGGAUUCCACACUUUCCUUGUGGCUCUCAACCAGACAACCAAUGAAGAUAUCAAAGGCUCAUGGACAGGGAAGAAUCGUGUCCAGAAUCCCUAUAGCCAUGGCAAUAUUGUGAAGAACUGCUGUGAAGUGCUGUGUGGCCCCUUGCCCCCCAGUGUGCUGGAUCGAAGGGGUAUUUUGCCACUGGAGGAAAGUGGAAGUCGACCUCCCAGUACUCAAGAGGCCAGUACCAGCCUCUUGCCUCAGAGCCCAGCUCCAACAGACCAUCUAAGCUCCGAUGAGAUGCCGGAGGACACCAGCACUCCUGAAGAGAUGCCACCCCCAGAGCCCCCAGAGCCCUCACAGGAGGCCACUGAAGCUGAGAAGUAGCCUAUCUAUGGAAGAGACUUUUGUUGUGUCUGAUUAGGGCUGUGAGAGAUUUAAUGGGAGAAGAUAACCUGAGACAGAGAGCAAGUAAGCUGUUCCUAUUACUGUUUUUCUUUGGUCUUUAUUCACCCAGUUGUAAACUGGCAUUUUCUUGCUGCAAGCUUUUUUAAAUUUCUGGACUCCAAGCAGUUGCAGAAGAUGUCAGUCACCUCUGGUAACUGGACAAAUGGGUCCCUUGGGCCCUGGCACUGGUUUUCCAUGGCCUCAGCCACAGAGGCCCCUUGGACUCCCCUCUCUUCCCAGAUCCCAGCUCUCCUGCUUGGGGUCACUGGCCCAAUUCUGGGGUAAAGGUUCCUGAGACUGACUCAGAUCCUCUCAAGCUGCUGUGCAUCAUGAGUCCAGGGGCAGUCACAGAGAACUCUGGCCAGGGAAUUCUAACUGGAUUCUUGAGGCCUUCAGAAUGGAGGGGGAUGGAGAGUGGGCUUGGAAGAUUCUCCUGGCUACAAAGUGCCAACAUUGCCAGCAAAUCCUUUCAGGAAUGGGGUAGGCAGUUUCCACUUGUAUUUAUUCGUGCAGCUUCUCCUUUGUCCCCUGUCCACUCUCUAACACCCAAGCCCCACGCUUUUCCAGUGAGAUAUAUGUAAGUAAUUGCAGUAUAGAUAACAAUUCACAUUUCUCGUAGACUACCCAGAAACUUUUUAAUACCUGUGCCGUUCUCAAUAAGAACUUAUGAGAUGCCAACGGCACGACCCCUCGCACUCUCUGUCUCAUGUCUCUUCCUCUCUCAUUAGCCCCUUUUAAUUUGUUUUCCUUUUGACUCUUGUUCCCGUUGGGAGCAGGAACGGCAGUAAUAAAAGUCUGCACUUUGGUGGUUCCUUUUCCUCAGAGGAAGCCCGAGUGCUCACUUAAACACUACCCCCUCAGACUCCCUGUGUGAGGCCUGCAGAGGCCCUGUAUGCACAAAUGGGGAAACUAAGGCACAGAGAGGCUCUCCUCUCCUCUCCCCCAUGUCCCCUCAAAAAAGAAAAAAAAAAGAAAAAAAAGGAUAACCAGUACUUCCAUUAAGCCUCGGCUGAGUGAGGAGGGAAAGCCCCGCACUGCUGCCCUCCUGGGGGACCCACUCCAAGGCCUUGGCCCACCGCGGGCUUGGUAACCACACCGGGGGCUUCCUCCAGGCCCCGCUCUUCCAGCACUUCCACCGGCAGAGUCCCAGAGCCGCUUCACCCUGGGGGUGGGCUGUGGCCCCCAGUCAGCUCUACUCAGGACCUGCUCUAUUUCAGGGAAGAAGAUUUAUGUAUUAUAUGUGGCUAUAUUUCCUAGAGCACCUGUGUUUUUCUAAGCCAGGGUCCUGUCUGGAUGACUUCCGGGGAGGGGGGGAGUGUAAAGCAGAACUUUUAAUCUAUUUGAAGGCGAUUAAACUGUGUCUAAUGCAA